AUGACAGCCCAGAAGCUUCUUCUUACAGGUGGAGCAGGCUACAUAGGCGGCACCGUCUUAGCUCAACUCUUGAAGUCAUCCUUUCCCGAAAUCAAAUCACUCUCGAUAAGCGCUCUGGUUCGCCAUCAGAGCCAGGCCGAUGUGCUGGCUAAGAAAGGUGUCAACUCGAUUCUCUUCAAGAAUCUGGAUGAGACGACCUUCCUCCAGCAGACGGCGGCUGAGCAUGACGUUGUUAUCCAUGUUGUAGAUGGCUUUCAUGGCGCCUCAGCUGAGGCCUUCAUCCGUGGAUUACGCGAGAGAAAGGAGAGCACGGGGAAGCCAGGCAUAUACAUCCACACUUCCGGCGCCAGCAAUAUUGCUGAUUUUCCCAUCUCGAAGCGUUAUCGUGGAACCAGAGUGUUUUCUGACAAAGAAGACAUUCUGAGCUACGAAAAGUCUCGCAACGCUGAAGAACCGUAUGCGAACCGGUCUGUCGACCUCCUAGUUGCUGAGUCUGGAGAGAGACUGGGGGUAGACACAUACUCCGUUUCGCCGCCUCUCGUAUUCGGCAUCGGCGCUGGCUUCUUCAAGGAGCUCUCUGCCGGCCAGCUACCCAUGCUCAUGCACUCCGCCCUUGCAAGUGGUCACGCCCAAUACGUUGGCGAAGGGGCUGGAAGAUGGAGCCAUGUUCAUGUCCAGGACUUGGCGGCAUUGUACGAGGUCAUCCUUGCAAAGGCGCUAAUUGGGGAAAUCUCGCGAGAUCGACGCAUUUUCUUCGCUGAGACCGGACACAGCAGCUUUUUGGACGUGGCUAAGUCCAUCGGCAAGGUUGGACACGAACUCGGAGUUUUGAAAUCGGCCGAGCCAGCGUCUGUCUCGCUUGAACAGAUUGCACGCGAAGUAUUCCAUGGGCAAGUGCAGUGGGCGGAGAUGGUACUCGCCUCCGAGUCUUUGGUCUCUGCGGAUCUCAGCCGAGAGAUUGGGUGGAAGCCGGUCAAGACGGAAAAUGACUGGGAGGCUACGUUCCUGCACGAGUUCAAAUUGGUCAUCCAAGCGACACCCGGAAGGAUAGCAAGCAGCCAGACGGUGUGUUAA